CUGCUGGGCACUGGUGGGCGCACUGCUGGGCACAGGUGGGCAGAGCUGGUGGGUGGCACUGCUGGGCACAGUUGGGUGACACUGCUGGGCACAGGUGGGCGGAGCUGUGUGGGUGGCACUGCUGGGCACAGGUGGGUGGCACUGCUGGGCACAGGUGGGUGGAGCUGGUGGGUGGCACUGCUGGGCACCGAUCAUCAGGGCACUGAUCAUCAGUGCCCUGAACCGCUGGUUCUUGGCAGUACUUUCCUCACGAUCUGACAGCGUGAGGAAAGUGCAGCUGAGAACUGGCAAUUGCAUUUCCCGGUGAUCUGCGUGUCAUUGGACACGGCUGAUCACGUGGUAAAAGACCGCUGUGA